AUGAAGCCACUCAUCGGAUUGGUCCUGGUCCUCGAAGGGUAUAUGAUACUCUCGCUCGAGCUUGACCCUUUGCUUAUACCUCCGGAGUCACUGACACCUCAAGAAUUGGAAGAAGAAAUGACGCCAGAACAAAAACAAAUGGAAGAACUGGAGUUGAAGCCAAAUCCGGAAAAUCUUGUAACAGAGAAACAGCCACCGAAAAUACCUAAAAAGCAGGUGCAGCCACUUUCAUCAAGCGAGCAGCCCUCAAAAGAGAAGCAGACAAACGAAAAACUUCAAAAACAGGAGCAGAUUAACAAAAAUCUUACAGAGCAGGAGCCACCAGAAAACGGUACAAAAGUGGAGGAGCCACAAGAAAAACUUGAUCAGGAAGAGGAGGAUGAGAUAGUCGUUGAAAAACCUGGUCCAGAUGACUUCCUGGACGAGUUUGCCAAGGAGUUCGUUGGGCACACUGUCCAAGAGAUUCAAAAAGCGCCCUGGGACUCGCCAGCAAAAAAGCUGCAAUCAGACGGUAAUGACUUGUUAAAGAAGCUGAAUAAGUACAUCGAAGAGUCCGAGGUCAUGGGCAGCGAUGCCUACUUGAUUCUCUGGCAUACGCAGACAGAACUUGAGUCGUUGGGUUACGGUAUUGUGACGAGAUCCGAAGUACUGGACAGACUGAAGCGGUUUUGGGAUAGCAUGGAAGAGGAUGACCGUAAAGAGGUGCUCAAAGAAUUUCCUGUUUUCAAAAUGGUUGACAACGCAGUAAAAUCAGAAAAGGAACUGCAUAAAUAUUACUGA